AUGUCUUCAACAGAGGGGAUUGAGAUGCAGCCGGCCGGCAAGGAUGCGUCAAAGGUCGAUACGGUCGAAUCCAAGAAUGGAUCAGAGGUAUACAACCAAACGAGGACGAGAAGGCUGUUCUCCUUCUCGCAGCUUUUUGCCUUCUCUUUGACGUAUAUGGCCCUCUGGGAAGGCAUGUGCACGAACAUGUACUUUGCCCUGUACAAUGGUGGCCCCCAAACCUUCAUCUUCAGCUUUGUCAUCGUCUUCUUUGGCGCCAUCUCCCAAGCCGCCUCGCUUGGUGAGAUGGCCUCCAUCCAGCCCAUCGCCGGUGCCCAGUACCAUUGGACAUACCACCUGGCCCCGGAGCGGGUCAAGAGGUUUGCGACCUGGAUCCAAGGAUGGUCGACGUGGUUCGGAUAUGUCUCACUCCUUGCCGGUAUCGCAAACGUCACCGUCAUCCAGCUCGAGUCCAUGAUUGAGCUUAACCACCCGAACUAUGUCCCGGGUGGCUGGCACACGUCCCUGCUUGUGAUCGCCAUGUGCCUUGUGCAAGGCCUGAUGAACACCUACUGGUUUAAAGUCAUUCCUUGGGUCGAGUUGGUUGCCGGCGUUCUUCACGUGUGUCUCUUUGUUGUUUUUGUCGUUGUCCUAUCCGUCAUGGGUACCCGACACAGCGGAAGCUUCUUCCUUGAGACCAACUUCGCGUCAGGAUGGUCGGACAACUACAUUGCGUGGAACUUGGGCAUGCUGACCUGCGUCUGGAGUUUUACCGGUUUUGACGGCGCCAUUCACAUGAGUGAGGAGACCCGUAAGGCCAAAUCGGCUGUUCCCCGCGCCAUGUUCUGGUCCAUCUUCAUGAACGGCUGCUUGGGUUUCGUCAUGGUUUGCGUUAUUCUCGUCUCCAUGGGUACCGUCGAGGACGCCCUCAACGCGUCGAACCCCAUCUUGACCAUUCUUCUCACCAUCACCGGCUCAAAGGGCGCCACGACGGCCAUGAUCACCGGCCUGUUUGUCAUCUCCUUCAGCGUCAACCUCGCCAACAUUGCUUCCGUCUCGCGUCUCACCUGGGCCUGGUCGAGAGACGGCGGACUGCCCGCCUACCUCGCCUACGUCCACCCGAAGCACCGCGUCCCGAUCCGCGCCAUCGUCGUGACGGUCGUCAUCGUUUGCGCCCUCUGCCUGCUUAACAUUGGCAGCUCCAGCUACGUUGCUUUCGGCGCCAUCACCUCGCUCUCUUCCAUGGCCCUCUACAUCAGUUACGCCAUCGCCAUUGCCAGCAUGAUCUUCGCGCGUCUGUCAAAGGUCGGCGGUGUGGAACUUGGAGAGUGGAACCUCGGCGCGUUCGGUCUCUACGUCAACAUUUUUGCGCUGAUUUACACGCUUUACGUCAUUGUCUUCCUGCCGUUCCCUUCGACUAUUCCCGUCACCGCCGAGAAUAUGAAUUACUGUGGCCCAGUCAUGGUGUUUGUGCUCCUAGUCGCUUCUGGUCUCUGGCUUAUUAGGGGCAGGAAGAAGUGGUCUGGACCGAACCUUACCAUUCUCGAUCUGGUCCUUGGCAGCUCGUAG